CAAUAAUUUAAAUGGACCAGCUGCUAAACUUCCGAUCAGGUUCUAAAUUAUCAUACUUUCGAUCAUCACCAGGAUCUAAAUUAUCUUUUUAAAGUGAAGAUGAUAGAGAGACUGCAUUAUCAUCUGAUGUUACUCCAAAACCAAAGCCUAAACCUUUAUAAGGAAUGACUCCCACAACUUUUUCACCAGAAGUUGAAGAAACAUAUAAAAGUUCACAUAAAAGGGUAUCUGUUACAAAAGCUAGAAGUAAACAUGUAUAUUAUACUUGUAGCUCCAAAACUAUCAAGAUUCAGUACCUAAAAAAUAAUUACAGUGAAUGAAGGAGAUAGAGAUGAAGAACCCGAAUUAAUAGAGAAAGAGUUCUAAUAAUAUUAAAUUUAAUAUUCCCAUGUAAUUAAUGACUAGGCAAAAAUUAUGGAAGAAUAAAUGAAAAAAAUUGAAGAAAAAAUAAAAGUAAGCCCCAAACUAAAUAAAAUCAAAUCCAAACCUAUUUCCAUGAGAAAUUUUAAAAAAAUAGGAGAAUCUAAAUCAGAUAAAUUAAUAGAUCACCCUUUUAGGCAUCUUAUAUUCAAUCCAACAAUAGAAGAGGAGAUAUUUAAUAAGCAUUUAAGAAUAACACAAAGAGGUUUAAUAUAUUCAAAAAGAUGCUUAAAAGGUCCUUCGGAUUAAUUUAUAGAAAAGAAAAAGAUUUCUCUCUAAAAAAUAAAUCCUUCAAAAUUGAAUACUAUAUUUUUAGAUCUUGAUGAGACACUUGUUCAUUCAUGUAUUUAAAAAGAAAACUCAUAAAUUAAAAUAAAUUAAAUUAACGAUGAUGGCAGUUAAAAUGAAGUAAUUAUAAUAUCUAGUUUUAGAUUGGUAUAAAUGUUAGACCUUAUACUUAAUAUUUUCUGUAAGAACUAUCAUAAUUUUAUACAAUCUACAUUUAUACUGCUUCUUCAUAAUCAUAUGCAUCAGCUAUUAUAAACUAUCUUGAUCCUUAAAAAUAAUUUAUUAGUGGUAUUCUAAACAGAACAAACUGUAUGGAAACUAAAAAUGGGUUUUUUAUAAAAGAUUUAAGAAUUGUUGCAGAUCUAGAUUUAAAUAAAACUUUAAUAGUUGAUAAUUUAGUCCAUUCUUUUGGACUAUAAAUAGAAAAUGGGAUUCCUAUUUUAGAAUGGAAUGAUAAUAUAGAUGAUCUGGAACUCAAAUAUUUACUUGAAUAUUUAGUUGAUGCAUCUGAACAGCCUAACUUAAAAGAGUUCAAUGUGGCUCAUUUGUAAUUAGAAUAAUUAAUUGAUUACACAAUUAAAUGA